AUGUAAACAAAGAUUCAUUCAUUCAUUCAGCCAAGGCAUUUGAGAACCAAGGUACCAGUGUACAGCAGAACUGAGUUGCACAAGUAUAGCUGUCCCUGCUGCUGCUCUUCAUGCAGUCCAGCAGGGGCAGGCUCUCCCCUCUCGGUUCUCAGCGCUUGUGUGUGUCUCAAGCUCUUUUGCUGAUGGGCAGUAGACAGAGAAGCUGAGCCAGGAGGAUGCACUCCUAGAAUCCUGCCCGCAAGGUUUCUGCCACCUGCCCACACGCUCCCAAAGGAAGGCCAGCAGAUGUUUUGGGUGCUACUGAGAUGGUCCCUGGAGCCACAGUCAGACCGGACCUGUUUCGGACCAGACUGACCACGAGAGCGCUGUUCACACAGGUCAGAUUCUGGGCCCUUUGCCACCUCGUGACCCCCGCCAUACCCAGAGAGAGAGGAAAGCAAUGCAGAGAUGCCAGCAUCGUUCUCCCUCUUCCUCCUGGUCCUGAUCCUGCACGGCGGCCUCCCCUGCCCGCAGAGCUGCGACUGCCCGCCGGGGAGCGGCGUGGUGUGGUGCAACCGGAAGGACCUGGUGACCAUCCCUUUCGACAUUCCCCACGACACCCGGGUCCUCUACCUGGACUCCAACUGGAUCACCCACGUCCCCAACGGGGCCUUCUACGGCCUGAAGCAGCUCCGCGAGCUUCACCUGGCGGACAACCUGAUUGAGAGCAUAGCGCCGGGGGCCUUCCGCGGCCUGGGCGGGGGGCUGAGGCUGCUGGACCUUUCCGGCAACCAGCUGGAGAGGAUGGAGUUUGCCCCCUUCGCCAUGCUCACCUGGGUCCGGCUAGAGCUGUACGACAACCCCUGGCACUGCGACUGCUCCCUGCAGAAGCUGGUGGAGGCUCUUCCUCUGGACGCAGAGACCGUGGAGGACGUUGUGUGUGCCACUGCGGAGUGGGAGGAAUACACCGGGAAGACCUUAGCUCGCUUGCUCAACACCGGCGUCAACUUCUGCCUGGGCCAGCAGAGGAACACGGACCUGGCCAUGCUGCUCACCAUGUUCUGCUGGUUCGCCGUGGUCAUCACCUACGUCAUCUAUUACGUCCGACGCAACCAAGCGGAAUCCCGACGCCACUUGGAGUAUCUCAAGUCUCUGCCCCUGCCCAGCAAGCAGCCCAGCCCGGAGGAGUUGGAAGAAGACACCCUCAGCACCAUCCUCUGAGAACCAAGGGUUUUGAGGAGCACUCCCCAAACAAAUAGAAACCGCUUUGAAAAUGCUUAUAAAACUUACCGUAUUUUUCGCUCUAUAAGACGCACCAGACCACAAGACGCACCUAGUUUUUGGAGGAGGAAAACAAGAAAAAAA